CUUCAUGUCACUCUCCAUGUACACUGAAGUGAUACAUGGCUUGUAGGUGACAGGCAGUUAGACGUCCUUCACAGAACUUGUACUAUCAAGACUACAAUUCUCGUGAAUUAUUAGCCGUAAUCUUUCAUAAGAUCAAGUCUUUUUUAGCUAUGUCUGCCGACUUCUGGGCUGGCUACAUCAGCGGAGCCGUUGGUAUUCUGGUCGGAAAUCCCCUGGAUCUCAUCAAAGUACGGCUGCAAGCGCGCGAUAGCAUACCCACUCAGACGGUCACAUCCUAUGCCCGACAAUUUGAAAACAAAUAUGCUCUAGUAGCCGGGACUGCUGCACCUAUACUUGGCUAUGGCGCUCUGAACGCCCUCCUCUUCGUCUCCUACAACCGCAGUGAAGCCGCUAUAAAUGCUGCCCUGAAUUGCCAGUCAAACCUUUGGGCUACAUGGUUUGCCGGUGCAAUUGGCGGCUUGGCAACAUGGGCGAUCAGCACCCCGACUGAGCUGAUCAAGUGCCGUGCUCAGUUGGCAUCACCUCCGGUCUCGAGUUGGAAUAUCGCGAAGGAAGUAUUUAAGACUGAGGGUAUUAGAGGACUAUACUUCGGUGGUGUUGUUACGGCGCUGAGGGAUAGCAUCGGAUAUGGAUUCUACUUCUGGUCUUACGAACUAAGUAGCAAGUGGGUUAAGUCCAACCGGCAGAAUGCCUCCGACUUCUCACAAGAUGUAGCAAAAGUUUUGCUCUGCGGCGGUCUGGCUGGUAUUGUCACCUGGGCUAGUGUAUUUCCUCUUGAUGUCAUCAAGACGAGAGUCCAGACGCAAACUUCUGAUGGCACGAGAGCAUCACUGCUUAACUCCUCUUUGCCAGUUCAACGGCGCCUAGGAGCGAUGGAGAUUGCUAGAGCCGCAUAUAGAGAGGAGGGUGCGCGAGUGUUCUUUAAAGGGUUAACCGUAUGUAGUGUCCGGGCCUUUAUUGUCAACGCUGUCCAAUGGGCAGUUUACGAAUGGAUUAUGCUUAAACUUGGCCAAGGGAGACAUAAAAGGCUACAGCCUAUCUGACCUAGUAAGAUCAUUUGCUCACGAUAUGGGACCUAGACGAAGUUUGGAAGAUUUUAAUACCAAGACCAAAAUAAGUGUUUAAUCCUGUACACAACUAUCGACCCAGUACGAAAAGCUGGUCACGACUAUUUGUAGGGAAACGAAUUGGCUUUUUUCGAAAUCAACGAGUGGAUUAUAGCAGUGUCUGUCACAA